UCACACACAUUCCAGCUGCCUGCUGUGAUGUCAUCUGAGUCACAGGAAGCAGCAUAGCAUGAAGGGGGAUGGUGCAGCUCUUUAAAUUCUAAAUAAAAAAUAUUCCUGUCGCAACGCAGACAGAUGAAAGACGAACUCCCACCUCGAUCUCCAUCCUCCGACGAACAACUUUCAGGUUCUCCAGAGCAUCAGGACAUUGUGCAAAGUGUGGAUUGCAAGAUUUGUGGUGACAAAGCAUCUGGGUUCCAUUAUGGGGUGCACGCAUGUGAAGGCUGCAAGGGUUUCUUUCGGCGGACUCUGCGGAUGAGGCUUCAGUAUGAACACUGUGAUCGUAACUGUAAGAUACAAAAGAAGAAUCGAAACAAAUGUCAGUACUGUCGGUUUAAGAAGUGUCUGAGCCUUGGAAUGUCCCACAAUGCAAUUAGAUUUGGUAGAAUGCCAGAAGCAGAGAGAAGGCGUCUGGUACAGGCCACAACAGGGGAUUCAGGAAACCCAGAUUCUCCAGUGUCUGAUCUGGUGGCACUUUCCCAGCAAAUCCACUCUGCUUACAUGAGUGCAUUCAACAUGACGAAGAAAAGAGCAAGGGACAUUCUGACUGGCAGGAGCAGCAUUUCGCCUUUUGUUAUACAUGACAUGGAUACCCUGUGGCAGGCUGAACAAGGAACAGUGUGGGAGCAGUUGCCAUCACCAGAUCCUCCUGGAACAGAGAUUGGAGUCCAUGUCUUUUACCGUUGCCAAUGCACUUCUGUGGAGACUGUGCGUGCACUUACUGACUUUGCCAAGAGUGUUCCAGGUUUCAGCACACUCUACCUCAAUGAUCAGGUCACAUUACUAAAGUAUGGAGUCCAUGAAGCAAUAUUUUGUAUGCUGGCAUCACUUAUGAACAAAGAUGGGCUACUGGUGGCUGGUGGCCGUGGUUUCGUCACUCGUGAGUUCCUGCACAGCCUCCGUCUUCCCUUCUGUCAUAUCAUGGAGCCCAAGUUCCACUUCGCUUCUAAGUUCAAUGCACUGGAACUUAACGACAAUGACCUGGCGCUGUUUGUAGCUGCUAUCAUCCUUUGUGGUGACCGUCCAGGACUCAUGACUCCCUCCCAGGUGGAAGACAUACAAGAAAAGAUUCUAAGUGCUCUCAGGUGUCAUCUGCAGACAUCUCACCCUGACAGCCCUUUCCUCUUUCCAAAACUCCUUCACAAGAUGGCUGAUUUGCGUCAACUAGUGACAGAGCAUGCAGAGCUUGUUCAAAGUAUCAAACGCACGGAAUCCAGUGCAUCACUGCAUCCCCUUCUACAGGAGAUCUACAGAGACAUGUACUGAUUACACACAGACAUAUACAGAUGAAUACGACUAAUGAUUCCUUAUACCAUUUGUAUUAACACUUAGAAUGAGUAUGAAUCCUAACAACUCAGAACAGCCAUCUUUCCUCCUAACACAGGUGACUGGCAUUACCAAUCUAGAUACAAAUCUAAGAUCUGUCAAUCACCAUAUUUAAGUAGACAGACCUUAAUGAUGCGUGUAUUCUUUCUGUAGUUUAUAUACUCACUCAACGUAUUCCCAACUGUCCCUGGAAUUCUCCACGGGUGAAACUGUGAAUAAAAACAUGCAUUCUGCUUA